AGUUUGGAUCGAAUUUGGUGGUAGAAAAUUUCAGGAUGAAAAAAGUUGAGUUCAUUCCGGGACCAUCGAUAGAAGGCCAGUCGAUAGCAAGAAGGAAUCUCAACAAAAUUCUACGACUAUUAGAAGAUGAUAAGGCAAAUGAAUACGAGAGCAGACACCGAACUGAAUGUUUCCACAUUGGAGGAGGAUGAGUCUUGGCGACUGUUUGUCAAAAAUGCGGGAGAUGUUGCCAAUCUGGAGGGUAUUCAGCCACUGGCAAAGGAAAUCGCAAGAGAGUGUGGUGGUUUACCUUUGGCAAUCACUGUUAUUGGAACAUCUAUGAGAGGCAAGACAAAGGUCGAGCUCUGGAAAGAUGCUUUGAAAUCACUUAGAAUGUCCGAACCUCAUAACAAAGAUGUAGAAAAAAAGGUCUACAUGGUCAUCAAAUCAAGUUUUGAUUCUUUAGAAUCUCAGGAUAUUGAAUUAUCCUCAGAGCAAAGAAGCAAACAUGGAAACAAAAAGAGAGGUGACAUUAAAAGUUGUUUCUUGUAUUGCUCCUUAUAUCCACUGGAUAUUCCAACAGAUGAUCUCAUAAAUUGCUGGUUGGCGGAGGGGUUCCUCGGUGAACAUGACACAUAUGAAGAAGCCUACAACAGGGGAAUCACAACAAUCAGGAGUCUUGUGGAUGCCUGCUUGCUAGAAACACAUGAGGAGGAUUUUGUGAAGAUGCACGAUGUGGUUCGUGAUGUUACUAAAUGGAUAGCUAAUACCUUUGGGGAUGAUCACACUUGUGUUUUUCAAGCUGGAAUUGGGUUGACUGAGAUAUCACAUAUUAAAGUAUCAGCUUCUGUCAAGAGGAUAUCUUUCGUAAGCAACAAAAUUCAAUGUCUACCUGAUUGCUUAACGGAAUGCCCAGAGGCAACGUCUUUACUUUUGCAAGACAAUGAACCCCUUGUGAAAAUUCCCAAUGAAUUCUUUUUGUCAUUUCCAGCUCUAAGAGUUGUGAAUCUGAGUGCAACUGGUAUUAGAGCACUGCCUUGUUCCAUCAAUAGUUUACGUCAACUACGUGCUCUAAUACUACAAAAUUGCAAUGGGCUGAAAGAGUUACCACCUAUUGGUGAUCUUUGCAAUUUGCAAUUGCUUGAUUGUGACAAUACAAGGUUACGUUGUCUUCCGCAAGGAAUGGACAAGUUGACGAAUCUGAGGUUAUUAAAUAUGCCUGAAUCAGAUUUGGAGAGUAGCAUCAGCCAAGGAUUUUUCCUCAAAUUGUCUAGCGUUGAAAUAAUAAAUAUGACGGGUAGCUGUCUUGGAUCAACUUCUUUUGAUGAGAUAUCGUCUCUACGCAAUCUGACAUCCCUUUUUAUCAGAUUGGAUAGCUCAUCAAUUUUCAAUAGAGACCACACCUGGAUGACUAGAUUGAAACGGUUUCGUAUUGAAGUUGGGAAAACUUCAAUGUAUGUACCAUUCAAUAAGUCGAGAAGGGAAAUAAUCGUCUCCAAGUGUGAAAUUUUCAGUAGCAGAGUGGUCUCAGGCAUGUUCCAGUUUGCUUCACAUUUGUACUUUGAAGAAUUCAUCGGUCUCAGGAAGUUGUUCGCGUACAACAGUUUUGACGGAUUAAAAUCACUACACGUUGAGAGUUGUUCUUGUGAUUUCGGAUCAGCGGAAGACCCUUUGCCAAACCUGGAACAUCUCAGCCUUGUUUAUGUAGUUAAUUUAAAGAGUGUUUCUGAUAUCGGUCAUCUAAGAUUUUCUAAAUUACGGCGACUGGACAUUAACAUUUGUGACAGUUUAACAUGUCUGUUCAAUGUUAGUGUAGGUUUCUCUGUACCUUUGGAAGAAAUUACAAUUAGCUAUUGUGAAGAGCUGGUAGAGUUGUUUGUGCGAUGCAGCGCAAGUCAAAUUCCAAGAGUCCGGAAGUUAGUGUUGAGAUACUUACCAAAAUUAGGAACGUUGGGGGAGCCGUGGGAACACCUGGAGGAACUUAAAGUGAUAUCUUGCAAUGAAAUAAGGAAGUUGCCUCUCUCUAUUCAAACCUCCAACAACAUCAAAGUGAUAAGAGGAACACCAGAAUGGUGGAGCCAUUUGGAGUGGGACGACGACAAAUUCAAGUCAAAUUUAGAGCAUUGUUUCACAGAAUCCUACUGGUAGAAGGAUCAAAGUUGACGUUAUUAUAAAAAAUGUCUACUAAAACAGAGAGAAUUGAAAAUUUUUUGUUUAUUAUUGUGAAAACGUGUAUUGAACUCUCAUUGUAAAUCUGUA